UUAGCAGUUGCGCUUGCGCUGUUACAAUAAUAAGGUGAUGACAGAGCGUUUACGGCUUUUGUAGAAAAUGGGUGACACUAAAGAAGAAGUUCCCAAAAAAGAAGAAAAACAAACAGAAGAAGAAAAAAACGAAUUGUCUGAAGAAGACAAGCAGUUACAGGAGGAAUUAAACUUGUGCGUGGAGACGUUACAGGAAAGCGAUGAAAACUUGUAUCUACCUGCAUUACAAGCUCUGGGGAAUCAUAUUCGGGCUUCGACAACUUCGAUGACUUCGGUUCCGAAACCUUUAAAAUUUAUGAAGCCCCACUACUCUACAAUGAAGGGCGUAUAUGAAAAAAUUCGAGACUCUGCUGUUAAAAUUGUUUGCUCUGACAUUAUCUCUGUGUUAGCAAUGACAAUGGGAGAAGGACGAGAAUGUUUAAAAUAUCGUCUUACGUCGAAAUUGGACGGAAUCGGCGACUGGGGACACGAAUAUGUCCGCCAUUUAGCUGGAGAAAUAGCGGCAGAGUGGGCCGAAACGGACGUCUCUGAAGAUAAAGAGGUUAAAGAUGUUUUGAUCGAAUUAGCGAAACAGAUAGUUCCAUACAAUAUGUCGCAUAAUGCUGAAGCUGAGGCGUGCGAUUUGUUAAUGGAGAUCGAGAGGUUGGAUUUGCUGGAAGUCUACGUUGAUGAGAAUACUUAUCCCAGAGUUUGUUUGUACUUGAUCAGUUGCGUUCCGUACGUUGCAGAUCCAGAAAACACUACUCUUUUGCAAACUGCGUUAUUACUUUUCCGGAACUAUGAACAGUAUCCCCAAGCGUUGCGACUUGCAAUGCAGUUGAAUGACCAUAAUUUAAUUGAAGAGAUUUUUACCUCUUGCCCAGAUUCGACUGUGCAAAAGCAACUAGCGUUUAUGCUAGGACGCCAGCAAAUUUAUAUUGAAAUUCCGGAGACUACUCCCGAGUAUGAAGAUCUAGUCGAAAUAAUGGCGAACUGUCAUCUAAAUAACCAUUUCCUCAAUCUUGCUAGAGAAUUAGAUAUUAUGGAACCAAAAACUCCCGAAGAUGUAUAUAAAUCGCACUUGGAAAAUACUAGACCCCAAUUUGGUUCCAACCAAGUUGAUUCGGCUAGACAAAAUUUAGCCGCCAGUUUUGUCAACGGGUUCGUUAAUGCCGCUUUUGGACAAGACAAACUUUUGAUGGAGGACGGAAAUAAGUGGUUGUAUAAAAAUAAAGAACAUGGGAUGUUGAGCGCCACUGCCUCUUUAGGCUUAGUUUUACUAUGGGAUGUUGACGGUGGCCUUACUCCCAUAGAUAAAUAUCUCUAUUCUUCAGAGGAUCACAUAAAAUCUGGUGCCCUAUUAGCCUGUGGUAUUGUAAAUUGCGGCGUCCGCAAUGAAUGCGAUCCCGCUUUAGCUCUUUUAUCUGACUAUGUGUUGCAUAACACCAACACGAUGAGAAUCGGAGCUAUAGUAGGUCUUGGAUUGGCCUACGUCGGUUCAAAUCGAGAAGCAGUCUUAAGUUUGUUAACGCCAGUUUUUUCCGACUCAAAAUCAAACAUGGAGGUAAUUGGAAUGGCCGCUCUAGCAUGCGGUAUGAUCGCUGUCGGUUCUGGAAAUUCCCAGAUCACUACCGCAAUAAUGCAAACUCUUAUGGAAAAAUCGGAAGCCGAUUUGAAAGAUACUUACGCAAGAUUUUUGCCACUAGGCUUAGGUUUAUGCCACUUGGGUAAACAAGAAGGCAUCGAAACUAUAAUUGCCGCUUUAGAGGUUAUACCAGAACCCUUUAAAUCGAUGGCGGUAACUAUGGUAGACAUCUGUGCGUAUGCGGGCACGGGCAAUGUUCUCAAAGUACAACAUUUACUCCACAUUUGUUCAGAACACUACGAAUCUUCUGAUAAGGAAGAAAGUAGAAGCGACAAAAACAAAGAAAAGGGUAAAGAUAAGGAAGAAAAAGAUAAAGACCUUUCUGCGAGACAAGCUGUGGCUGUUUUGGGAAUUGCUUUGAUUAGUAUGGGUGAAGAUAUAGGAAGCGAUAUGGCUUUCCGUACUUUUGGUCAUCUGUUACGUUAUUGCGAACCUGUUAUCCGAAGAGCUGUCCCAUUAGCACUCGGUUUAAUAUCUGUUUCCAACCCCAAACUCAGCAUUUUGGACACCUUGAGUAAAUUUUCACAUGACAGUGAUUCUGAAGUUGCUCACAAUGCUAUUUUUGCGAUGGGUCUUGUUGGGGCUGGCACCAACAAUGCACGAUUAGCAGCAAUGUUAAGGCAGUUGGCACAGUUUCACGCUAAAGAUCCGAAUAAUUUAUUCAUGGUUAGAAUUGCCCAAGGAUUAACGCACUUAGGGAAGGGAACUCUCACUCUUAGUCCGUAUCAUAGCGAUAGACAACUAAUGAGCCCAGUAGCCGUAGCAGGUCUAAUGGCCACCUUAGUAGGAUUUUUGGAUGUAAAGAACAUAAUCUUAGGAAAAUCGCAUUAUUUACUGUAUACGCUCGCUGCUGCAAUGCAGCCUAGAAUGUUGGUCACAUUUGAUGAAGAUCUCAAUCCACUUCCAGUUCCUGUUAGAGUUGGUCUUGCUGUUGAUGUUGUCGGACAAGCUGGAAAACCAAAAACUAUAACAGGCUUUCAGACUCACACAACCCCCGUUUUGUUAGCAUUUGGGGAAAGGGCCGAAUUAGCGACAGAAGAAUAUAUUGCACUUACCCCCAUAAUGGAAGGAUUUGUCAUCCUUAGGAAAAACCCCGACUUUUACCCAUAUUAAAAUUUACCUGUAUUUAUACUAUAAAAUAGUAUUGUAUUUUUUCUUUUUGUAUCCACUUUAUUUAGAGUAAACUAAUUAUAAAACA